AUGUCUUCGAAACCAAAAGCCAGCACUCCCCCCAAGGCCGCCGACAAACAAGCCCUAUCAUGGAUGCGGACGCUCAGCCCAGCCGUCUCCUACUACGACCCUCACCCAGCAUCGCCAACCCACGCAAACGAGCCUCACCUCAUCCUCAUCCUGUCCUGGAUGGGCGCACGACCAGUCCACAUAUCGAAAUACGCACUCCAAUACCGCAAGACCUACCCGUCAUCACGGAUCCUCAUCGCGCAAUGCCCCAUCACCCACAUCGUGUUCCCGUGGCGCACGCGCGCCGAGCUGUCCCCAGCGCUGCCCUACCUCCGCGACCUCUCGGAGCGCCAACAGAAAGCCGACGACGCGGGCGACACGUCGCCAAGGCUGCUCAUCCAGAUCUUCUCAAACGGCGGCAUCCACACAGCAAGCUACCUGCGCCGCAUGCUCCGCGGCGCCCAACCCCACGGCACGCCAGUCCUGCCGCGAUACGUGCUCGUCUUCGACUCCUGCCCGGGCUACUUCCGCUGGAUGAGCUCCUACAACGCCCUGAUGCAAAUGCUCCCCCGGUGGUCCGGUCCCGUCGUCCACACGGCCAUCGCCCUGGUCUGCCUGUACCACUUCCUGCGCCGGCUGCCGGCGAUUCAGAACCGCAACGCCCGCGCCCUCCGGUCCCCGGGGCUGCUGGCGCGAGAGGCAUCGCGCACGUAUCUGUACGGCACCGCGGACGCCCUGAUCCUGUGGCAGGACGUCGAGGACAAUGCCCGCAAAGCCAGCGAGGCCGGCUUCGCCACCCGGCUGGAAAAGUUCGUCGGCGCCAAGCACGUCGACCUCAUGAGGGCAGACCCGGAGCGCUACUGGAAAGCCAUCCAAACCUCGUGGAUGGGCGAGCCGGAGCCGCGGGUGGGUGCCCCAGCAUCCGCGGCCGAGCAUUAG